CCUAACGCGCGCAUCGGAAACACAAUGGCAGGAUUACGGUGUGAAGGUGCUCUAAGGAUACGGAGAACACAAUUGAGUACAGGACACAAGCGCGAACGCACACGCUUCGUUUUUUGGGGCGCCGUUGCCACAAGGGAAACCAAGUUUUGACCAGUGCCUAACCAACAAAAAAAAAGGAGGAAAAGAAAUUGUAAAAAAAAAUUCCUAAAUCCGUGAAAAAAUGUGUAUGUGUGAUAACUGAAGUCUGCAAAUGAAUCAAAACCCUAAAUCGAAUCUAAAUUCAAGUCAAAUAUUAAAUCGAAAAAUCAACCAAUAAAAAUAUCAAAAUAAUGUGGCGUAUAAUUUAAUUCUACCAGCCAAACAACUACUACGGCGUUAACCCUCUGGUCUAAGCCCGCCAUAAAGCAACUCGAAGCCAACUGCAACCAACCCAGCUAGCCCGGUUACAAAACGAGACAAAAUCAACAACAAUUUUUGGAAUUAAUUUUAUUUGAUGCGCGCGCUCAUAAAAAUUUACAUAGAAAGCAGCACCACCAAACAGAAAUACAAAAAAUAAAUAGACCCCCGCCCGCCAACGCCAACUCCCAAAAGAGGAGCGACAAAAGUGAAUUGGUUAACCAUGGAAAAGGCGUAACUGGCAACUGCUGACCCAGGCCAUAUAACUAUAGAUGAGCGCGCCACUGUGCCACAAUUUCUGUUUAUACCUGUCGAAGCUGCCACACCCUCGAGUAACUUUUUCUAACGCUCCGAGGAAAACAAAAAAAUAAAAAUAGAAAACAAAAAAAAAUAUAUUGAAACCAACAUCAGUGAUAUGGAACUGUGCAUAGCAACAAAGUCAAAAACGGAAACAGCUCAGAGUUCAAUGCAGGAAAGCUAUCAAAAAAACUAUCAAAAGAAAUGCCACCAAAAUCAAACAAAUACUCAAGAAAGCAAUUGCAACAGAAGCGACAGCAACAGAAACAGAAACCACAGAGAUCGAAACCACCUGAGAACGGAACCAGAAAACCAACGAACAACAAACGCAAAUGCAACAUCAUCAACAUUGAAGUGCAGCAGGAGCAAAAACAGCAACACUGCAACACCAAGUAUACAAUUAAACACGCUCUAUUUGCUGCUGGUGCUUUUGAUACUCGGCCUUGCCACGGUUGGUGUCUCCGCCUCCCCCUCCUCGUUCACGCCCUCGGUCUUCUCCCGCGAGAACCGGCGCGAUGCUCUUUUGGCCUACUAUAAGCGAGCCCAUCUGCCACCGAACAGCAUUGCCUCCUCCACCUACGACCUGGCGGAUUCCCAGGAGCCAGAUCUCGAACAGAACGAGGGGCUGGAGGGGCGACAGUUCCAUCUGCACGAUGCCUCCGCCCUGGAUUUCGAUGAGCUAACACCCACCGACAGCGUGGUGUCGGCCCUCAGUCGAGCGGAGCGCUUCCGUUUGCGAAAGCGCAGCGCCACCCCCACAACGCCGGCAACUGCCACCACAGCAACACCAGGUCCCAGCGCAGCAGCAGCAUCGGCCAGGAUGCCCAAAUCGGAAGGUGCCACAGCAGCCACGGCGGAAAGCAGCGAGGAGAAGUGCGAGCCAAAAGUUCUGGAAACCCAGCCCGAUGAGCCGUUUUACGACUACACCGACAUUGCGGAGGAUGCUGCCAGGCAGUUUAUUGAAUUUUUAUCGGGCAAAUUUCCAAAUCAAAACGCUCCGAUUGCCAUCGACGAGCCGACACGUGCGGAGGUGAGCCGGAGGGCGAACAGCAUCGCCAGCUACGCCCUCAGCGAGGACGACAAUCUCCUGGCCUUCGCCAUUGCCGCGCCCAGCAUUCACACGGUGGUCGUUAAAUUCAGGGACAACGUUACGAUACCACCGGAUCAGGUGCACAACAAGGCGUAUCUGGGGUCAUACUGGCGGGAGUUGGGUGCGGCCUGGAACAGCACCGACGGCACCCAGGAGUGGGGGGCUCCCUUCCGCGACUGCAACCUGUUGAAGCGACGCUGGCUGUGGCCCUUUCGCAUAUCCUUCAGCGAGCAUAGAAUCAAAAUUGUUGCGGCCGCCUUUAUUGCCGCCGACGAGGAUGUGUGCAACGACGGCCUGGAGGAAGUUUUCGGUCGUCGUCAUGGCUGCGAUCGAAAUACAACUUUCUGCCUUCUCACGGAGAAUAAGCCCGCCGCCACUAGGGAUGUUUAUACGUGUUUGUGCCGCGAGUCCUUUUACCUGCCCAAUGCCACGCUCCAGGGAUACCGUGGCGAUCUGGUGGAACUGUCGGAGGGCUACGACAACUACUCGUGCAUUCCCUGCCCGGGAGGAUGUACGAACUGUGACAGCAACGGCGUCUGUCUCACCUUCCAGGAGGAGGUCCUCAACAUGGACGCCUGUUUGCGCCUCCUGGUGGCCAUUGUCCUGGGUGCCUGCAUCCUGUGCUGUGUCGUCCUCAGUGUGAUUGUUUUCAGGCAGAGAAAGUGCAAAGCCAUUGCCUCGGGCAUGUGGACUGUGCUGGAGACGAUACUCCUGGGCAUCGUUUUACUUUAUGCAUCUGUUGCCGUCCAUUUCUUUCCCGCCUCCACGGAGCGAUGCCUGCUGGAGCCCUGGCUGCGGGAACUCGGCUUCAUCACCUGCUAUGGAGCCAUCAUCCUGAAGCUGUAUCGCCACCUGGUGGACUUCCGCACCCGCAAGGCCCAUCGCUGGGUGCUCCGCGACGUGGAUCUGCUCAAGUAUCUGGGCACCAUGGUGUUCGCCGUCAUCUGCUACAUGGCCGCCUUCACGGCCUCGUCGCUGGACCUGCUGGAGAGUGCCCAGCUGGAGAGCCUCCGGGAGGCGGACACCAACACCUGCCACCCCCUCAAGUGGGAGCUGGUGACGCAGAUCAGCGAGAUACUUAUCCUAUGCUUCGGACUUCAUCUGUCCAUCGCCAGCCGGAAUGCCAAUACUCAGUUUAGGGAACGACAAUUCCUGGUGACCGCACUGACGCUGGAGUUCCUCGUCUCCUCGAGCUUCUACUUUCUGCGCUUCGUCUACCUGCCGGAAAUGAGUCCCAGCACCAUUCUUCUGGCCCUCUUCGUCCGCUCCCAGCUGACCAACAGCUUCGCCCUGGGUCUGAUAUUUGUGCCAAAGUUGUGGUAUCAGCACAAGCAGGUUCGUUCGCUUGCGUACGAUCUAUCAAUACGUUUACCUGUGGAUGCAUUCAAGGGUACGUCGCACGACGCCGGCCAGCGGCUGGGCGGCGGUUACGCCGGACUCUGCCUUGGCGACCCGGACAUCGGCGAGCUGACCAUAUCCGAAAUGAGUCCCGAGGACAUACGCGCCGAACUGAAAAGACUGUACACACAACUGGAGAUUCUGAAGAACAAGACCCUGCGACAGGAUAAUCCUCACAUCAGCAAGCGACGCGGUGGUCGCAAGGCAGGUCAUCGUCGCUUCUCCUUACAGAAAAAGGGCAGCAAGGAUAAGGCUCUAAGUGCCAAACACCGCAGCAACAAACACCAUCAGGACAUUGAGAUCACCGAGGCGGAGCCAUCCCGUACUCCCGAGGACUCGGUGUGCAGCGCCGAAGGACCCACGGACACCUAUGCCGAAAUAUCGGGCGUCUCCCACUCCAUGCUCUCCCACUCGAUGAUAUCCCACUCCGUUGUCUCGCACUCAAAGUAAAAACUUAAACCAAAAAAAUAUUAUGUAUAUCCAAAAUAGGCAGGAUAAGUUCAGAGAAAAAAUAACCCAUAGUACUGCGAAAAAGAUGAGAGUUUUGUAUAUAUGUAAGCGUUAAAGGAUACGAUGCAUGUUGGUAUUUGUAGAUAAUAUGUACAAUGUAUGUGAGGUCUAGGUGCAGCAUAGAUAUUAUUAUGUAGCGCAACAACACAAACAAUAAAAGAAUUACUUUAAUUUCGCAAUGAAAGAAAACAAAUUGAAAACACUAAACACAAACAAUAACAUAAAUUACUUUAUUGAAUUGAAACGAAAGUGGUAGAGAGUGAAAGUAAAUGUGAAAGUGCAAGUGAAGAGCAGUCAAGUUUUUUACAAUUUUGAUAAAAUUUUAGAGGAUUUUACUUUAUUUUGAAUUUUUCUCAAUUUUAAGUUUAAUUUUCAUUUCUAUGCCAGGAUCACCGAAGGAUCAAACUUGUCUGAAGAAAAAGAGAUAGAGCCAGAGUGAGAGAAAGAGAAAGCUAUUCAACAGAGCCCACCUGUGUAGGUAACGAUUAAACUGUAAAAACAAAAGCCACAGAUACUAAGAAGCUAAUUAAUAAUACUCCCUCCCAGUAGUAGAAAACAUUCAUUUGAGUUCCUUUAAAGUUAAUAACACUUGCCUUUGUUUCACUUUCCACUAAAACUCUAUAAGGAGCAGAGUUGUCGAGAAAUCAUCCUUAGAACCGAGAUUAAUCAGUUGUAAAUUUGAGCUUAUAGGCAUUAAAACUAGAAACUCCUCCAUAACUAUUGUGCGUUUUACGUCUUACUAAUCUUACUAAAUAUACGAGUAUACUUGUAUUAUAUGUGGUCGGCUUAUAAUUCCUACUCAUUCCCAACCAAACUCCGAACGGAAUAAACUUUUUGUAAAUAAGACACGAUCUGUGCGAAAUAUGGAAGAUAAUUGUUACCAAAUACAAAUCGUAAAGUUCCCAUUCGAAGGCGAAGUGAACAUCUUAGGAGAAUGCUUAUUAGAGGCUUAAGUAUUUUUUUUCCCCCGAUUCAAGUAUUAUCACACUAUCCAUUGAUUUCCCUUAAACCUUUCUAAACCUUACCAGAACAUCUUAAAUUCGUUAUUGUCAAAAAAAAAUAUAAAGAUGUUCGAGAUAGAGUAUUGAAAAAAAAAAAACACAAAGUGAAAACAUUUCAAAUGUACGCAAUAAAUUUUUGGAGACGCUCGUUAAAAAAACAAGUGGGGGAAACCAAGUCCAUAGAGAACAUAUAGUACAGUUGCAAUGGGCAUUUAUAUGGGGUAUAAAAGGUAUAUCUAUAUACACAUUAUAAAAAUAUAUAGAAAUUAAAACAUGGCAAAUGGUUAAAUUAGGUAAACAUACAACAUGCAUGCAACAAAUUGAGCAUUUAAAAAAAAGUCAAAAAAUGAAAAGCGAAAUAUGAAAUUUAAAAAAAUAAUACCAACUUUUGGUUGCGUUUGAUCAAAAGUGUGUGUGUAAAAAUAAAUAUUUAUGGCAUAUACAUAAACAUAUAACUAACUUAUAUUAUAUAUAAAAAUAUAUAUACAUAUAUAUGGGUGUAAUCAGCAUUACAUUAAAAAUAUAAAAGGACGAUCCGACGGGAGGCGAACUAAAUUAUUGGCUCAGUGCAUGAUGAAAUUUCAAAGAGAAUAAAAUUGAAACAUAAAACAUUUUGAAAGUGUGAUAGUGUUCAUAAUAAUCGUUCAUUGUAAUUAAAGGAGAAAAGAAAACAUAAAUAAACUAAAAGAUCAAAUAUUAA